AUGUCAGAAACAGCCAUAGUCUCAAUCGAUUCCCUCGCAAGCGAUUUCAACAUGGUGACUUCAACAACACAGUCACAGAGACGAUCUUCCAAAGAAGGUCCCUUAGCGAUUCUAUGGGACAUUGAGAACUGUCCUGUACCUAGCGACGUUCGUCCCGAAGAUGUCGCCAGUAACAUAAGAAUGGCUAUACAGCUGCAUCCCGUGAUAUCCGGCCCGGUGGUUGUCUUCUCGGCUUUCGGCGACUUCAACGCCUUCCCUCGCCGUGUUAGAGAAGGAUGCCAAAGAACCGGCGUGAAGCUCGUAGAUGUACCAAACGGUAGAAAAGACGCAGCUGAUAAAGCUAUAUUACUUGACAUGUUCUUGUUCGUGCUCGAUAACCCGGCGCCUGCGACCAUCGUUAUCAUCACCGGAGAUGUGGAUUUCGCGCCGGCGCUUCACGUUUUAGGCCAGCGAGGUUACACGGUGAUUUUGAUUAUACCUUCUGGUGUGUAUGUGAACCCGGCUUUGACUAGUGCAGGGAAGUUCGUUUGGGACUGGCAAAGCAUUGUUCACGGCGAAGGCUUUGUCCCGGCGAUACCGAUACCGAGACCUCUUCCUCCUCCUCCUCGUGUAGGAGCUUAUCUAAUGGGAUGCGGCGGAGUUAAUGAUAAUGGUGGGAGUAAUCUUGAUUUGAUGAAUGAAGACGAGACGAUUCUCUAUAGAGGUGUGUACAGUAGCAACUCUAGAGAUCCUUCUUCUUCGUUGAUGGCAUCGCAGUUUCACAACGAGUUCAGUAGCAGUACAAUGUCGUGUUGGCCGUCUACUUCCGGCGAGGCUUCAGGUUAUCCUCCUCCUGGUCACCUCGAGUCGACCAUGUGGGUUGCUCCUGGGGAUUUAAACGGUUUAAAGGGGCAGCUAGUGAAGCUUCUUGAACUUUCCGGCGGGUGUAUGCCUCUCAUGAGAGUUCCAUCAGAGUACCAAAGGAAUUUCAGUAAACCGCUUUUCGUAGCGGACUAUGGCUCGCCCAAGCUCGUUGAUCUUUUCAAGAGGAUGAGUGAUGUGAUUGCUGUUGAUGGUAAAGGCAACAAGAGGUUUGUUUAUCUGCGUAGCUCGAAACCUUCUCCUUCUACUGCUGCUCCUGUGGUUCUACUGAGAAGAGAGAGUAAUAAAGGGAAAGAGAUUACGGUUACUACCAACGGAGGAGGAGUCUCGUCCGAUGAGUUAUCCGACUCGGGUUCGGUUCAGAGCGAGAGGAACCUGGACGAGUUCAAGCUCGAGCUGCAAGAUAUUUUGGUUAGCUAUGGUUGUCAAGUACGUAUGGAUUGUUUUGAGGCGAUAUAUAAGCAGAGGUACAAGAGGUCUUUGGAUUACAAGAAGAUGGGUGUUGAUAAGUUGGAGCAGCUCUAUGCAAAGUUCAGUGAUGUUAUUGUCAUAUGUGAAGAUCCUGCUACAAGAACCAAACUCAUCAUCGCUCUUUAA